AUUAUAUAUAGUUUUGUCCUUCUUUAAUUCUAUAAAACAGACAAAAAAAAGAUACAAAACACAAAUAUGUGUAAAAGUGCGAAAAAGGUUGUGUGCAUUCAACGAAAUGAAUCUAUUAUAUUUGGAAUUUAUCUUCUAUUUAAAAUCGCUUAUUUGUUGUGUACAUAAAAAGACAAUAUUUAUAUAGAAUUUGUCUAUACUUUGAUUUAAAAAAUAAAUAAAUAAAUAAUAAUAAUAAUGCAGAAACAUAACACCAGCUGAGUGUUUGAUGGCUAAUUGAAAUGUUAUAAAUAUGGUGCAAACGCAAAGUUUUAUAAGUAUAAAGAAGAAUGGGUUGCAUCAAUAGUCGCACAGAUAUUAAUGAUCUUCACUCAAAUAUUUUUCAAGUGAUGAAUGUAGAUGAUUUUGGUAAUUUGAUUACUCCUGGACGUUUAGAAAUUACUGAUGUAGACAUAGUUCUUUAUCAAAGGGGAAAACAACUUGUAAAGUGGCCUUUACGCUGUUUGCGACGCUAUGGUUAUGAUGCAGAAAUAUUUAGCUUUGAAUCAGGAAGACGAUGUUCCACUGGUCCUGGAAUUUACGCCUUCAAAUGCCGUCGAGCUGCACAGCUUUUUAAUUUAGUACAAACAAACAUACAGGCCUGCAACAACAGUAAUGAGGAUACAAUAUCCAGAGAAAUACAAAAUAGUUCACUCUCUGGACCAUCGAUAAAUCGUGCGCCACUACCAACAGAGCCUAAUUAUCUAGAUCCAACACCAGUUAGAAACAAUAAUCAUUCUGGAUCAAUAUUUUCUCAUAGUCAACAAAAUGGAAUUGGAAGAUUAGGCAGCGUAUGCAGUAGUAAUGGACCAAUGUCUCCUCAAGGAACUUUGGGAUCUCCAUCGCCACCUCUUACUUUACCACCUCCUCCACCAGUUCCAAGUUUAAAUUCCUCUUCUCUUUAUGUCAACGAGGAAGUAUUAUCAACAAUGACAACUGAAAUGGAGCAUAAUAAUAAUAAAAAUCUUCGAAGGAGCAUUCAGAGGUCGAGUACAAUUACAAGUACAACAUCAAAUAGUGGUUUCGACAGCCAGUCAAUACAACCACAUCAAGAGGCUAGUAACCAAAGUAAAUCUUCACAAGCAGCUUGCUACAUGAAUGUUAACAUUGCCAGUGAUACAAAUUCCUUAUCUCCUUCCCAUAGUAAUUCAGACUUUACUCCAUUGAGAGAUGAUUGUAGUCCAAUAGAAUCAAUUGAACAUCCUUAUAUGAAUAUAAAUCAGGGCCAAGAUGUUGAUGUUCAUGUUACAAAAACUCGACCACCACCAUUACCACGUUUACAAUUGGAAUGGGAUGAUGGCUCUAGACAUUCAUAUGCAAAUUUACAGUCAAGCGAAAUAGAAAGUUUAAGAAAACGAUUUUCAAGUUCUUCCGUUGCUGAAAAAUCGCCACUGCCUCCAUCAACUCCACCUUCAUGUAUAAUCAGAGAAGUAAAUUAUGCCGUUUUGGAUUUAGAUAAAAAAGAUGUUUCUGAAAAUGUUGUUAGUGAAAAUAUAACAGCAAAUACAAUUUCAAUACCUCCAGAAUCGCCAAAUAAAACUGUGAAAGGUUAUGCCGUUAUAGAUUUUAAUAAAACAGCAGCACUUUCACAUUCUGUAAAUUCAAAUCUUGUGAAUGACAAUGAAGGCUCGCGAAUAACUCGUCAUAAUUCAACGAUAAGCGAUAUAGCUAUUCCACUUAAAUAUAGUUCGUUUUUAAGCGAGUGACAUUAUUUUUAUUUUUUUCAAAAUAAAAAUAUAGGAUAUUUAUACACAAUAAUACUCUCACUCUUAAUUCAAAACGUAAUUUUUUUUUUAAUUGAUAUGAUUAAAUCAAAAAAAAAAAAUCAACGAAUUAGAAUCAAUUCAACGAACAAUUUAUAUUAUAAAACAUAUGGAUUAAGAGUUUCGGAUUCAAUUUUUUUCCGGCCUAAAAUGAGAGUAUAUUGUAUAUUAAAAAAUUUAAAUGAAUUAGACCAAAUAUUUAAAAAAAGAAGAAAAAAUUCUUUAAUUGGCCACUGUCAAAAUAUUGUUAAAUAGGUAUUUUUAUCUAUAAAUAUUUUUUUUAACGAAAGUUUUAAUAAAUAAAUCUAUUGGUGUUAUAUAAGUAAUUAUAAACAGAACCAGACAAUUUAAUUUGUGAACUUUUUACAUUAUUAUUAUUAUUACUAUUAAAAAUUUAUUUUAAAUCCCUGUAAAAAAGUAUUAUUAUUCGCUAAUAGUUGAAAUUUUUUAGAUGCUAAUAUAAUGAAAUAUUGAAUUAUGAAAAUUUCAUAAAUUUUGAUUAUAAAGAGAUUCUAUGAAGGAAGUAUGAAAAAAAUUUGUGGAAAUAUCUGUGAUAAGAAGAAAAUUGUGAUUUUUUAAUAAAAAUACAAAUUGUAUAUCAAGAGAAAUAUAAUUUAUAUUGCUAUGUAAAAAGUGCUGCAUAUUAGAAAACUAUCACUAUCACUUAAUACUUUUUUACAGGGAAUAGUGCCGCAUCAGUAUAAGUCCAAAAAAAAAAAAUGAUAGUUUUUUCUUCUUUAUUGAAGACAGGAACCAGAAAUAAUGAGAAAAAUAAGAGUAAAUUAUAUUAAUAUCAUAAUAUUAUUAUUAUAAUAUCAUUUACUCCUCUCUUUCUCAUUAUUUAUGGUUCCUGUAUUCAAUAUUCUUGAAAGCUUAAACACUCUUUGAAUUAUGCAUUUGAAAAAAAAAAUUAUCUGAAAAGAUUUCUUUUCUAAAAUUUUUAAAAUAUUAAACAAGUGACAAAAAAAUUCAAUUUAAUAGUCACCAAAGAGAACUGCAAAAAAUAAGACUAUAAUCUUUUUUUUUUUUAUUUUUCUAUACAAUUAAAUUGUGAAAAUAUUUUACCAAGACUUCAUUUGGCGGGGAAUUUUUAUUUGUACUAAUUUUUAUUUGAUAAAAAUUUUAAUACGUCGAAUUUUUAUUUGACCGAACAAAUAUCCGUCAGAAUUGGCGGGAAUUUUUAAAUUAAUCUACACUAAAAAAUUUUUGGUCCAACAGCUGCCCCAAAAGAAAAAUUUCUAUAUUCAGUUAACUUCACUCAUAUAAAAACUCAUGGCAAAUAUUAAGUAUGAAAUUAAUUGAUUAUAGAAAUUUUUCGUUUGAGGGCAGCUGCUGAACCAAAAUUUUUUCAGUGUACACAAUUUUCUUGAUUUAAUUUUAAAAUUUACACCAAAACUAUUAUAUCGAAUAUUUGUUCGUUUAUUUUGCAAUUUCGGUCAAAUGAAAAUUUGAUUCGAUAAUUCUCUCAAAUAGCAAUUUUUACAAAUAAAACUUUAGAUAACUAAAGUUUCGAUGAUGUAAUAUUCAUGCAUCCCUUUUUAGCUUAAUUAAUUAUUAUUAAUAAAAUAAUUAUUACUAGAUAAUUAUUGUUCCAACUUAUUUUAUUAUAUAUUAUGGCCUAUAAUAUUUACAUAAUCUAAUUUUUAUUUAGACUUAUUCUUAUUUCAUCUAAUUCUUAUCAAACGGAACGUAUAUUUAACAAAAUUUUUGAUUAAAUUAAUUUUUAUUUUGACCUAAUCUUUAUGUAGUCUGAUUAUUUGAUUUAAAGUUUUUAUAUCAUAAUCUUUAUUUAAUUUUUAUUUAGCCUAUUCUUUAUCUACUUCUUAUAUGACAUAAUUUACAUUUAACAUAAUUCUUAAUUGAUAAAAUUUUUUCUUGUCUAAUGUUAAUGUAUCCUAAUCUUUAUUUAACCUAAUUCUUAAAUAAUCUAAUACAUAAUAAAUAAAUUAUUCCCUUUCAUUAAUAAUUCAAAAGGUGGUCACGAGAAAUUUUAGUUUUUUUUUUUUAUUUAUCCAUGAAAAAAAGAUUCGGGAAUUGGAUUGUUUUAAGAAUGUGGAUUCUUAUUAGACCUAACCUCCAUUUCACACUGAUUUAUGAACGCAAAUGAGAUAGAAAAGGAUAGAUAUAUAUCUCCGUCCUUUUCUCUCUCAGACUUUGCGUUCAUAAACGAGUGUCAAAUGGAGGUUAGGUCUAUUAAGAAUUAGGUUAAGAAACUAUUAGGUCGAAUUAUAAAGAUUAGGAUAAAUAUUAUGUCCAUCAGAUUAGGCCAAAUAAAAAUAUGAAGUUAAAUAAAGAUUAUGCCAUAAAAAAGAAUUAGAUUAAAUAAAACACACAAAAAAUAUUGAAAUAAGACUAAGGCAAAUAAGAAUUAGGUUAUUUGACAUAAAGAAAAUGUAAAAAAAAGUAACAAAUAUCUCAACACCAAAUGUUCCUAAAAAUUGAAAUGCAAUAUAUAAAAAUUAAUUUUUAAAAAAUACAUUGAAUAAUCGACAAAACAAAAAUGUUAAUUUCAAGCUUUCAAGAUGAUCUUAAAUAAUUAUAUAUAUAUAUCUUGCGGCGACAAAAGGAAUUAAAGAAAAUAAUUCUUGAUUCCGUCUUGUAUAGUUUAUUAUAGAAAAUAUUCUUACAAAAUUCUGGUUAUAAUUAAGAAAGUCAUAAAUUUAUACCAAAGAUUUUAUAUUCAUUUUUUAUAAAUAUGCUGCAAUGCAGCUUGCUUCCUUAGCAUAAAUAAUAUAAUUAUUUUUAAGUAAAUAAAAACGCCAAUAAUUAUAUGCAGCCAAAGAGAGACUAAAUGUGACAGUGAUUGAAAAAUUUCAAUAUUUCCUAACAGCGAAUACUUUUUCACUGAUCCCUUAAAAUAUAAAAUUAUAUGACAAACAUUACAACUGAAUACAAUGUAUUAUGAAUAAUAAUAUAUUGCGGCUGUAUAAGCUCUUUAAUAAAUUCCUUCAAGGGCAAUUUGAUAAAAGUGAAUGUAAAAUUUAAUUUUUGUUAAAAUUCGCAAUAUAUAUUUUCACUUAA